AUGGAGCAGUCGUCCUGGCAGCAAAUGCAUUCAAUCAAUAACAGAAGAAAACGUAGACUUGAUGAAGACAAUGAUACUGUAAAAAGAUUUAAACAAGAAGAUUAUCAUAUUGUCACUACCUACGAAGAUCUAUGUAAUGAUGUUCAAAUGGAAAUUUUUGAUUAUAUUGAUGUCUAUUAUUUAUAUAAAUCUUAUAGAAAUUUAAAUAUACGUUUUGAUCAAUUAUUAAGUGAUCGUCAUCUUCGUCUACAUUUAAAUACAAGAAAUAUACCAAAUCAACAACUUUAUUCUUAUUGUAUGGAACAACUUUUUAAUAUAUCAGAUCGUCUUGUAUCAUUAAAAUUACAAGCUAAAAGUGCUGAACCAACAUUUCAAUUUGAUGAUCGAUAUGAAUUAUCUGUAUUUUUAACGAGUUGUUGUCCUAGACGAUUUUAUCGAUUAGAAUCAUUAAUAAUAACACAAUGUGAAUUUUCAAUUGAUCAAUUAGUUAGUUUAAUACUUGAUUUAAAAUGUUUAUCAAAACUUACUAUACUAUGUAUUUAUGAAGUUAAAUUCAUUGGAUAUAAUAUAAGUGAUAUACCAAGAAUGAUUUUAUUUGAAAAUUAUCUACCACAAUUAAAAACUUUUAUAUUUCCCGGUGUUUAUCGUUCAGACGUAAGUAAUUAUACAUUUUAUACAAUAAAUAAUAAUCUUGAAAAUUUAUCAGUUCGUUGUUUACCUGAAGAAUUAUUUGUACUCUUUAAAUAUUCACCAAAACUAAUAUACUUAAAUGUUACCAUUUAUGGUCCAUGCCAAUAUUUUGCAAGAUUCUUCACAAUACCUGUUCUACCAUUGUUAAAACAUUUGAAAAUGCGUCUUAGCGGUGUAUCACAUAAUGAACUCUUUAUGCUAUUAAAAGCAAUGCCAAAUUUAAAAAUAUUAGAAUUAAAUGGCUAUGCUGAUGAUAAAAAACUAUUUCAUGGUGAAGAAUUAAUAAAACUAUCAUCAAUAUUACCAUUAUUAAUGAGAUUUCUAAUCGAUAUAGAAAGUAUAAGACCGUUAAAAAUUGAUGCCGAGCAAAUAUUAGUCACAUUUACUCCAGAUCAUUGGUAUCAAGAUGUUGAAUGUGUAGAGCAUGACAACUAUGUUACACUAUCAGCUACAAUGAAGAAAGCGGAUAUUUUUGUGUAA